AUGUCAGCAAGAGAUAAAAUUGCAUAUCUCAGAAAAGAGCUAAGUCAUGCGAAGGAUGCACUGUGUCGCUCAGGAGAAGAAAUAGAAAAACUGAAGCAAUUACUGAACGAGAUGACACUUGGAAAACAAGAUGUUCUCAACGAGUUGCAUACCACACAGCAGGUGAACACCCGACUUGCUCGACGUCUGGACAAGCAUAGAUACUACCUUUCAACUCUAACCAACGAGUUCCAGUAUGAAAUGAAGCAAGUAAGAUCUAUCCUAAAAUCGAUGCAGGUGACAAGUUUCUUGUUUCCACGCACAAUAUGUUUCGAAACAAAAUUCUUCCAGAAAUCAUUACGCGUUUCCAACCGCAAGCUGACCCACCAUAUGCAAUAUUGUGUCCGCACGCGUUUCCAGCUGGGGAAAAUGUUUUUCCGGAUGCGAUCAACUAAGCAGUGGUGCGAGAAACAACGAAAUCGCUAUCAGCAAAUGUGUUUCCAGUUCGCAGAGUUUGUACGGGAGCAAAAUCGAAACAUGCAGUCCAUUGUGGAGACCAAACUCAGCAACGAGAGCAUAUCCAUGUGCCACAGGCAGUAUCUGGAUCUACUUACGCGCUGUUCCUUGCUCCUGCAUGAGAACAUGAAUUUAAGACUAUUGUCGAUGCACAAACUGGACGAACAAGAGCAGAGCUCGAGUGGUGGCAUGGAUGUACCUGGUAGUCCGGCAAAUUAUGUUCUUUCAGGAUCCGAGAAGGAGUGCGCUGGAGCGGACGAAAAUAAUGUUAGUGCAGACAGUUUGGAUUCACUGAGACGACGUCGACAUUCUGUUUAGAAGAAAAGUUUUCCCUAAACAUAGUUAGUCUAAACAGUACAUGUUACUUACUGAUAAUGAAAAUAAUUAAAGGAGCUUUUUUGUGUU